AUGGGAACCAACGGUUCCAGUUCGGUUACUCCUCAUUCCCACACACAGCCUGCCCAUUCCACAGCACAGCCCAUACCUACCCAACCUCAGUCACACAGAAACUCCACAACUCCCGAACCAGAUUUAACCCACGAAAUCCAACAGGCGGACACGCCAGCGAACAGUGUGAAUGGACUUCGUGCACCACAGUCUUCUUCGGAUGUUGGUCUUCAAUCGUCUGAAUUGAACUCCUCCGGUUCUGCCUCCCCAAGCCUACCGUCUGGCGUCAACACCACGAAGGCGACCGAAUCUUCCACUACAACCACAACUAAAGUAUCUUGUCCGUUAACUGGUACACUUACUGACUCAUCCUUGGUCACUGUUGACACACCAAAUGUUGCACCCUCUUCUACGAAAUCCGAACCACGAUGUAUUGGUGUGAACACUGUUUUAGAAGAUUUAUGUAAGGCCACAAUUACGGAACCGGAUUUACUUGGACCUUGUGAACCAGGAACAACUAUCUGUUUAAACGGUAUCGUUUGGCUUGAGACUACAACAGGUGUACUUGUUGUCAAUGUAACUUGGAGAGGCAGAACAUACAUAGGGACAUUGCUGGAUGCUACCCAGCAUGAUUUCGCACCACCAUGCCCACGGGACUAUGUCUCUCCGAUCAAAUCUUCGGUGCGGUCUAGCAGCCGGGCAAAGAGACGUCCAGCCACAGCUAAUUCAAAUUUUAAGCAUGGCACCACUCCAUACUCAUCAACGGUUCCUUUUGUCAAUGGUUCAGCGCACAACAACACAGAUAUUCGAACCUCUACUAGCGGAUCACACCGGCAACGUUUGCGAGGUCGUAACACGAAUUCCCCUGCAAGUCAUGUCAAAGGCAUUGCAACGGAGGUUUCCGAUGGCAAUCCCAUAUCCCGUAGUUCUAACGCCGAACCGACUCUCGAUUCAGCUCCCGCUUGCAACGCCUCCGAGAACAGCGCUCCUAGUUGUUUGCCAACGAAGUUGGAUACCGAAGAAAUAGAUGAGCAUUCUGGACAAUCUAUUCCACCGGGUUCCGAUGAAGAUUGCUGUACCCCCGUCACAAGUGUGGUCAAGGCGAAAGCUAAUAAUUCGUCAUCAGAUGAUCAUCUGUUCGUUGCCGAAGUUAGGGAUAAUGCAAGUCGUGAUUCCUGCAAUGCUGACGCAGCAGGAUGCUUAGUUGAUGGCGUUUUAUCGAAAGAACUCGAUCACUCACCUCCUCCUCCGCGACUUAUCAGUAGUAGUGAUUUGGUUUCUCAACCGACCGGGUCUAUUUCCAGCACCAUAAAUGUUAAUCAGUUGGAUCCGAAUCAUUCGGAUAGCAAUGAGGAUGAGGUGGAUGAUGAUAUUAUCACCUCCUAUCCCAUCACUUGCCCUUUGGUUGGAUGUAAAAAACGUUUCACUCAUAUGACAGCUCUUCGAUUCCAUCUGAACAAUACUCCGCAUACCGGCCCAAAACGUCAUACGGGAGUGGAGACGCAACUCAGUACAAAUACGGUAAAAUCCAAGGCAAACGAUUUACUGUCAAAUGAACCAACAGCAUCGACUUCUUCAUCUCAACCUUUUACCUCAGUUCCAUCAAGUCCAUCCCCGCGCACUAUCAACCUUAGUGUCACACCCACCCAAUCCCGUGCAGUAGUUCCUCCGAUCCCUGGACCACAUCUGUCAGAUUCACGUCGUCCUACAUCGGAAGAAUCAGACGGCCUGCUUCCUUCCGAAAUGCACCAAAUGGGACCGUAUGAAUCAAUACAGAAAUCGGAUCCAAUACACACAUUUCUUUUAGGGGGUGGAGACGUGUAUCGUAGUGGUGGUGGUGGUGGUUGCAGUGCUUCAUUUUGCCGCUCCGCGGGUACCGUGGGUACGAUUACGCAUGAGCAAUCCUCAUCUGGACCGAACACGCGCACGGUCACUGCACACACCGUAUCUAUCCCACACGGUCCUCUGUCAGACAAAGUUGAAACAACCCAAAGUAGUCGUGUGAGCAGCUCAACCAACAACAGCCCGGGUCAUCAGUCUCAUUCGCACCAAACAAAAAGAAAUAAUUCUAACAAUCGAAGCACCGAAUCGGGAAAGCUUCCACGCACCACUUCGUUCGGAAAUGCUAGUCGAGUUGCCAAUUUGACUUCAUCUUUGGGUUCUUCUUGUUACAAACCGAAUGAAUUAGAUCAACACCAGCACCAACUUAAUACAAGCCGUCAUUUUCACAGCCGUUCUGGGCACAAGGAUCUUGCCGAAUGCGCAUCUCAACUGACAUCGUCCGGGGGUGGUACACUGCGAUCUUUUGAUAUCAGUCAUACAGGUCCCUCGGUUCCAGUCGGAUCAGUACCACAUCUAGGGAGCAAUUUGACAAUGUUUCCUCCGUCAUCCUCUUUCGCUGGCCCACUCCCUAACACGACUCGGGUGGAUCCUUCGAACAGCUCGUUGUUUACUGUACCAACAGAUUUGUGGUCUUUUCAUCCAUCAAAUAAUGCCGGCGAAUCACGAGUUGUUAAUUCUUACCUCUCCGAAAAGGACUCAACUCAAACGGAUUCCUCUUCCACUCGCUACCCACUGGGGCCGGGUUUAUGGAUGAAUGGAAUGCCAUUUCAGCCCGGUAUGAAUCCGUUGUCACCAAAUAGCAUUUCUAGUGGCUACCCCUCGGGUCACCAAUACGGGAAUACAAAUUUGGCAAAUAACACAACACAAACAGUCACUUCCCCUUCGACCAGCGAUACUCUAGGUGGUGUCCCUGGUCCGGUGUUAGCAGAAAAUAAUACAGUAUCCAGUAUGCUGGACUCGUCUGUUGCUGGUGCACUUGGGUUACCAGACUUCCUUAUGGCUGCUGCAGCUAUGAGCAGUGCUCUGGGUUCAACACAUUCAAUGAAUAAUCCAGCAGUAAUGGAAAUGCUGCGCUCCUAUAUGAACCAGUCAUGUUUCGGAAAAUCUCCGAUGCAUCCGGAUCAGAUACCCCAAUCGAUAAUUCCACCAAAUGGAUCUCAGACCCAUAGCACCAACAAAACUCCAUCUGGCCCCAGUUUAUCUCACCCUUCGGUAUCACAAUCUCCACAACUAUCACAAGGUGAUCCGAAUUCAGCAAGUUCUUUAUCGACACCGGCCAGUCUAGCUUCAAUGAUGAUGGCUACAUCCGCAACUGUUUCUGGUUUAUCUAACCCUACAUUGCUACCUCCGUCUGUGAUGCAUGCAGCAAUUGGGUUGUCUCAAAAUCAAAUUCCGACACCGCUCACACUGUCCCAAUCGGCUACAUUGUCCGCGUCUAGUGGCGAUAUGAAUCGAAUGGACCCCUUCAGACAACUGGAAUUGGAGCUGACAACCAUGCGUAUUGCUUCCGGUUCGAACGUUGCAUCACGUGAGGUUCGGUUGAUGCAUCAAGCGGAUAAAGAUGACGUGACGCCAAGCCUUUCAAGAUUUAAAUUUGCUCCCGACAUCACACUGAAACCGGACUCUAUGAAACCCUUCUGUGAAGUGGCUGUCCAAUCUGAGAUGGAGUAUCGGCAAGGAAGCGCUGCAGGUCAGGUGCCUGGAUUUCAAACCCUGGACGGAUCAGCCGCCACCAGUCGAUCACCGGUAGCAAUUCGAGGAACCGACGGUUUUGGCAACACGCUUAUUAACCUCCCUAAACGAGACCUGGUGACCUUCGAGGGAGAUCCUGUCCGCUACUGGCUCUUUAUGCGCUGUUUCGAGGCGAAUGUUCUAAAAUCUACAGCUGAUCCAACAAUCAGGCUCUCCUACCUGGUCCAGUACUGUUCCGGCGAGGCCAAAAGAGCUAUCGAAAGCUGCCUAAUACUGAAUCCUGAGGAGGGAUUCAACGAAGCUCUAAACAUCUUGCGAAAGCGGUUCGGAAGGCCACACAUGAUAGCCAGGAUGCACAUCGAUGCCCUCACGGAUGGCCCCGCGAUCAGAUCAAACGGUUUUGCAACCCUAUCGAGACUAGCUGGGGAGCUCCGCACGUGCUACACCACCUUGAAGCAAUUAAAUUAG